AUGGACAACAGCGACCUCCACCUGCUGGAUAGAGUCAUACAGGAGCUGAGUCCAAACGUCUUAAUAACAAGUGCAAAACAAGAGCAGAGCUUGCUCGAGUUUAUCGAAAAGCUCGAAUUAAAUCCUGAAUAUAAGCCUGAAAUAGUCAUGUUUCCAAAUGCAAACUUUGGUCUGGAGAUCAGCAGACAGCGACUCCUCUCAGCACACAUCCCAUCUCUCCCUCCCACCAUCACAGAGAGCGAGAAAAUCCCGUAUCUCUCCUCCUGUAUCCCAUUAGACUCAGUGCUGAUGAUGAGGUCAAUAGGAGGGCUGUUGAAGUGUCUGGAGAGGAGGAGAGUUGGCUUAGACAUGGAAGACAGCAGUAUGGGCGUCCCCAUAUUGCAGUUUUUGGCUUACACGCUGAAAGAUGUUGUGUACAUCGACAAAGACACAUAUAGUGCCCUCCAGAUCUUUAAAUCUGAGCUGCAUCCUUCCGUCUUUAAGCUCCAGUUAGGAGAGAAAGAAGGAUUGAGUCUUUAUGGUGUUCUGAAUUGCUGUCGGAGCAAGUUUGGCUCUCUGCUUUUACGGCAGUGGUUCCACAGACCUACUCGAGAUCUGAACAUUCUGAAGAAGCGUCAGGAAGUGAUCCGUUUCUUCACAUCCCCUCGUAACUUUGCUGAUCUUAACACUUUGCAGAGUUCCCUGCGGAAUAUCAAGAACAUCUCGACGCUGCUGCAUAAAAUGUCUCUCGCUAACCCGAAGGUUGUCGUCUGGCAAAGUCUGUAUAAGACGGUGUACAAUGCAUUGUGCAUUAGGGACACCAUUCGCUCCAUGCCCCAGUCCAUCCAACUCUUCAGUGAAAUCAGUCAAAACUUCACUGAUGAUCUUUUCUACAUCGCUACAUACAUCAGUAAAGUGGUGGACUUUGAAGGAAGUGUAGCUGAGAACCGAUUCACUGUCAGGCCGAAUGUCAAUCCUGUUAUUGACGAGAAGAAAAGAAGGAUGAUGGGUCUCCCAGAUUUCCUGACAGACGUGGCUCGUGCUGAGCUGGAAAAACUGGACCCUCGCUUCUCCACCUGCAGCAUCAUCUACAUCCCUCUGAUUGGAUUUUUACUGUCGGUGCCAAGAUUACCCACCAUGCUGGAUAAACAGAGCUUUGAGAUUGAGGGUCUUGAUUUCAUGUUCCUGUCAAAGGAUCAACUGCAUUACCGCAGCGUUCGAACCAAAGAGCUGGACAGCAUGCUGGGAGACCUGCAUUGUGACACCUUGGAUCUGGAGAUGGUGGUAAUGAGGAAGCUUCAAGCCUCAGUGCUUCAGCGGAGCGACUGUUUGUAUAAGGUCAUGUCUCUGUGUGCAGAGCUGGACUGUCUCAUUGCUUUGGCUCAGGCUUCUCUGGAUCACGGCUACUGCUGUCCAACCCUGACAUCAAACCACAGACUGGCCCUGAUUGAGUCACGCCAUCCUUUGCUGGAACUGUGUACUCCAGUAUUUGUGUCAAACACCUACAUCAGCUCUGAAACUGAAGGCAAAGUGAAAGUUAUUACAGGACCAAAUUCCUCCGGCAAGAGCAUCUAUCUAAAACAGGUGGGACUGAUUGUGUUCAUGGCGCUGAUUGGCUCAGAUGUUCCUGCUAAAGAGGCAGAGAUUGGGCUGGUGGAUGGAAUCUUCAGCCGCAUGCAUAGCCGUGAGUCUGUAUCAGUGGGUCUGAGCACCUUCAUGUUAGACUUGAACCAGAUAACAAGUUCCUUGAACCACAGCACUGGGGAUUCUCUUGUUCUAGUGGAUGAGUUUGGUAAAGGAACCAACACUGUGGAUGGAUUGGCUCUCCUGACUGCAAGUCUCAAUAACUGGAUGCGUCGUGGGCCGCAGUGUCCUCACUUACUUAUGUCGACAUGCUUCCACAGCCUCAUACAGCUGGGCUUGAUCUCUGAUUCUCCACUGCUGGAUUUACUGACUCUAGAGACAGCAAUAGAGGGAGAAGAGCUGGUGUUUUUGUACCAAGUGAAAAACGGCAUCUGCCAGUCGAGUUGUGCGGCUAAUAUCGCCACUCUGGCUGGCAUUCCUGAUGACCUGGUCAAGAGAGGAGUGGAGGUGUCAGAGUUAUACAGAACAGGAAGAACCAUCAGAAAGAUGAACAGCCCAUCUUCAGAUGAACAGUACAGCAGGUGUGUUGAGGUGGUGGAGAAAUUCCUCAGUAUUGAUCUGGAUGACCCUGAGCUGGAUCCCGAUUCUUACUUGAAAGACGAGGUGCUCCCAGCACUUGAAGAGAAAGGCCACUUCGGAUCUGGAAUAUGGUGUAUUCGGAAAGAGAAAGUGAAGGAGGAUGUUCUUAUCAGCAUUUUGAAUCAUAAUGAAUCAGCAGCACAUGGCUCAGGAUUUGGAUUCUGGUCCAAAAUCAGCAUGAGCAACUUUGACUGCAAGAAGAGCCAUAAGAUUCAUGCAGCCAAACGCAAAUUCGACACCCAUAAGAUGAACGAGGGUCUUUCGGGUUUGGAACGACAUGAAGAAAUGAUCAAGCCAGCACUGGUGGAAGGCUACAUUUGCAUUCCUUCCAACAAUUAUUUCACUGUUUUUGCUCCUGAGACUCCUGCACCAGAGACCCGCGAGGAGGUUCUGGAACACCAGCAGUCAUGA